AUGAAAGCAAUUGAUAAAGAUUUAGUAACGGCUGAGCCGGAGCUUGCCGACGAGCCGGAGCAGCAGGAGGUCCCGGAUCAAGAAUUGGACCAGGAGUCUAGCCCUUUGGUCUUUACUCAGAGGGACCACAGCCUUAACUCAGAAAGGAAGAAACAGUCUAAACAGAGCAAAUCUCCCAGACUCGGUGUUCCCAAAAAUGGCAACACGGCAGUCUCAUUAAAACCUCUAGGAGGAGCUCCAGUGCCUCCUUUGACAGCAAAGUCACCGAUCACUCCUAAGACUGUCAAACGCUCUCUGGCAACAUUUAGAGACAUUUUUGCUUCAGUCAUAGAGUCUUCGACUGUGGACAGACGUCAGACUAACAGAUGUAAUGUCAGAUCACGUCCGUCUGAGGAAAUCUGUGUAGCAGGCAGUAACACUCAUGCAGCUGACAACAGCCCAGACAACCAGGAGACCACACGAGACAGCAGGUCACAAGUCCACAGGAGUGGACCGUCCUCCAUGAUUGAGCUGGAAGACUAUGAAGACGCUGACAGCAUAAUUUUGCCGUCAUCCAGGAGCACAGUUCUGCUCUCUGCUUCAGAUCUUUGUGCCCCUCCCCUCAAGCCGCUGAUCUUACAGCGGAAGGAUAUGGCCAACCUGGCUGAGUGGUUUAGGAGCCUCUGGUUGGCUACACCAGAAGGCGAUCCUGGUGUCACUCCAGACCAGUUUGACUGGUACUUCUAUCAAGACAGAGCUAUGGGCCUCCAAGAGGACGUGAGCACCAACUCCUUCUGUAGUGGAAAGCUGCUGCUGGGAUCCCUCAUGAAGAAGCCUCUCUGGGUGGACCACAGUGCUACAACAGUUUUUAACUUACUAACCAGCUCAGUGAGUGUGACCAUCGAUGGCUGUGAGUCAUGCUUCAGUCCUGGAAAAUCUUUUGUGGUGGAGUCUGGACAUGCAUACGCCAUCAAGAAUCUGACUGCGCAGCCUGCGGUUCUGUACUUCACCAGAAUGUUAGUUGAAACUGUAAACUGAUGCAUUGUGAAAAUGUAAAUAGAAAAUUGGCUGUAAUUUUUUUUUCCUAAGACUUACUUCAGUUUAUGAUUCUAGGAAAUAAAACUGAAAGAAAAUGUUGGUAAAAAUGUAAAAUAUUUGAAUAAAGUUUGCUUUUAAAUACCGUA